CGAGCCGGUAUUUCCCUCUUCCCUGCAGCACACGAGCAGGAGCGGCGUUGCCCGGCGUCGCUUUUGGUUGUGCGGAUGUCGCUGAAACACCGGGGGAGCCCUGAGGUCACAGGAGAGGAGGGUUCCACAGCCGCCCGUGCUGGGAACAGAUCUCCAGGGAGCCGCGGCGGCCCCGGCGGAGCCUCGGGAGGCGGCAGUGACAUCGGGCCAUGGCUGAGGACGGCUCCGGGCAGCCCGGCGACCGGCGCCCUGGCGACUGGUUUGCUCAUCUUGGAGUGGAGCAGGGCGAGCUGGAAUCAACAACAACCGCUUCACAAAGACAUGUCCUGAACUCGGCAGCUGCUCUGGGCAAGGAACACAGAAUGCCGCUGGAAUACAGAGCUCGUGUGCAGGAAGCAGGAAACAACAAUUUCCCAUUCUCUUCUCAUGACAACAGACAUGACAUAUGCAAUGCAGCUGAGUAUUUUGACUUGGGCAUGGGCCUGAGGAAGCAGGAUCCAGAGAAACAGAGACAGAACUCCCAUAACUUCUUCGAGUGGGCUCGUGCGCCAGGCAGGAGCAGCAGCGAGGGCUUCGUUACCAUUUACCAGACCUCGUUCGUGGCAGAUCAGGCCCCAGGGAACGAGGGCUGCUGUUGUAGGCGCUAUCCCAAACACCACGUCCAAAAACAGUGCAGCACCACAAAAGAGUGCUGUGCCAAACCUGCUCCUGAGGAUGACACUGUCCUGCAGCCAGACAAGACAUCUUAA